AUGGCGAAAGCACCUGAUGGGUCGUCGCCGACGGCGGACUCAUCCGAGACGACGUCUCUUCUCCGAGAAUCUGAGCGCCCUUCGGACUCCAGCGACACAAAAGUUAUCUCAUGGAUGUCACUUCCAAGGAAAGGGCAGCUAGCCGUCAUUGUCUUUGCUCGUUUAGCCGAGCCUUUGAGCGAGCGGUCUUUGACAUCUUACCUCUUUUACCAAUUGCGAUGGUUCAGUCCACACCUUGGUCCCUCUGAGAUUGCCAAGCAGGCGGGCUACCUUACUGCUGUAUUCGCUGCCGCACAAUGUCUUACCUCCAUGUGGUGGGGUCGCGCUGCAGAUAAUCCUCGCCUGGGUCGUAAAGGCGUCUUGAUUAUUGGUCUUACCGGCUCGGCCCUCUCUGCCCUGGGAAUGGGGUUUUCUAGAUCUCUGAUUGCCGCCUUCUUUUUCCGAUUCUGUGCUGGUGCUCUCAAUGGCAAUGUCGGCGUACUGAGGACCAUGGUGUCUGAAGUAGUUGCUGAUAAACGUUAUCAAUCUCGAGCCUUUCUUCUCUUGCCUAUGUGCUUCAAUGUCGGUGUCAUCAUUGGACCACUUUUGAGCGGUUUCCUUGCGGAUCCCAUUCAUUCAAUGCCUGGCAUUUUUGGGCCUGGCUCGUUUCUUGGUGGCGAUGAUGGCGUCGAGUUCCUGAGAAUGUUCCCGUACGCGCUCCCCAACCUGUUCUGCGCCUUCAUCUUGGGUGCAGCCGCUUUUGGGAUUAUACUCGGUCUCGACGAGACGCAUCCUCGACUCCGGGGACGGCCAGAUCCUGGACGCAGACUCGGCGAGCUCAUCAUGCGCAAGAUUUUGCGACAUCCAACUUCGGCAUACUCUUACCAGCCAAUACCGUCCAGCGUUGCGGAAACGCCGCUCAAUUCACUCUGGGACGAGGAGGAGGCGGACGAAAGGCCAGCGAAACCCGAGGACAAGAAGCAAACUCCGCUGCGUGCCAUCAUGACUCGAAAUGUCUGCCUCAACAUGCUUCAGCGUUUCUUGCAGUCUUUGCACGUCUCGGCCUUCAAUUCCAUGUUCUUUAGUCUGUUGCCAGCUCCAAGAGCAGAGAACCAGGAUUUCCACUUGCCGUUCCGCUUCACCGGCGGUCUUGGACUAUCGAGCGAGAAGAUGGGAUUCGCCAACAUGACUAUUGGCAUGAUUGGCAUACCACUGCAGCUCCUCUUAUACCCAAGAAUCAUUAGCAGCCUUGGUGUCAGGAGCUCUUAUCGCAUCUUCCUACCGCUCAGCAUUGUCGCGUACUUUUCGCUGCCCUACCUUGUUCUCCUGCCCGACGAGGCCGCCCUGAUUUGGACCUGUCUGUCCAUGGUUCUGACCAUGAAUGUCAUGUCCAGGACAUUUGUCAACCCGGCAACCAUCAUGCUGGUUAAUGAUUGCGCGCCGAGCCCGGAUCUCCUCGGCACCGUCCACGGCCUCGCGUCGAGCAUCUCGAGCGCGGCCAGGAUUCUGGGACCGACGGUUGGCGGUCUCAUGCUGGGAUGGGGUCUGGCGCAUAAUUUUGUCGGGUUGCCGCUGUGGCUCUUGGGUAUCAUUGCCGUCGCAAACUGGGCUGUUCUUUGGUGGAUUGACGAUGUCAACAUGUCUGGCUGA